AUGGCGGACAGUAAUCAAGGGGUUCUACCUAGUUCAACUGUGGUGAACCCCAAAGAUUAUGUGAAGUUUAAGAAAGAUAUAUUGUCUAAUAAGAGAAAAAUAGAGGAUUAUGAAACCGUGGCUUUGACAAAAGAGUGUAGUGAAAUUAUUCAAAAGAAGCUUCCUCAAAAUUUAAGAGAUCCAGGCAGUUUCACUAUGCGUUGCACCAUUGGGAAUUUUCAUUGUGAGAGGGCUUUAUGUGAUUUUAGUGCAAACAUUAAUCUAAUGUCGAUGUCCGUAUUUCGACGACUAGGUUUGGGGGAAGCUAGACCCACUACUCUUACUCUUCAAUUGGUCGACCGUUCAUUGACACAUUCCCAAGGUAUUAUUGAAGAUGUUCUUGUCAAAAUGGACAAAUUCAUCUUUCCCGUAGAUUUUAUUGGGCUUGAUAUGGAGGAAGAUGAAGAUGUUCCAAUUAUUUUUGGGAGACCAUUUUUAGCCACUGGUCAAGCCUGGAUAGAUGUUGAAAAAGGAGAGUUGAGGCUAAGAGUGCAGAGCGAUGAGGUGGUAUUUAAUGUAUUCAAGACUUUGAAGUAUCCUAGAGAAUGUGAUAGGUUAUUUAGUGUGAAUGUAAUUGAGGAAAGUUUGUCGAAGGGAAAACUCAUUGAAGAUCCACUUUAG